GCUCCGGGCUUCUUCGCGGCAAUAUUGGUCGCUCGGUCGCGCGUUCUCGGCCGCGCUCGAGCCCGUUGCGUUAAUUGUCGAUUAUUUUUUUUUUUUUAAUACACAUCGAUCGAAACGCACGAGUGUCAAAAUUCUUUUGCAAACGUCGUGACAUCUUUUCGUUUAUUUUUUUUUUUUGUACCGCGACCAUAUCGUAUGUCACUACAAAGUGAUUAUUUCUAAAAACAAAAGAGUAAAAACAGUGUUAAUUGUUAAUAAUAUAAGUUUGUUUAAUCGACAAGUCAAGUUCAAUUGAUAAGUUUUGAACGUUAGUUUUUCAAGUUUAAUCCUUCACGCACUGGAUACCGAUGCUACAAUUCGGUCACAGUGCGGUUCCGCCGACCAAACGGUGCUCGGUCCAGAAAUCGACGAAAACAAAUUUCUCGUGACUGGUGUAUCGUGUGCGUGUUAAAACGGUGCCCCUAUUCACCGGUAAGUGACGGCACCACUCACGGGGUUUACGACUACAGCUGCCGCUCGUCAGAGUUAAAGGCACGGGAAAGACGCGAGUUGAUCUGAAAAUAUAAACAUCGUGGAUAUAGUGGAUCGAGAGGAAGGAGUGGCACAUUUCGUGCGCAAUGUAAGAGGGCUGAUGCCAAGAGCAAGGAGAUCGCAGGACAUCACCGGGGAGGACUUGACGUCUGUCCGGAGUACCGCGCGCGUCCCGUACAGGCUUGUCCUAGCGAUGCUACAUUCCACGCUGGUCCCGCGUAAUCAUUGACAACUGGCAAGAUGCGAAGCGAAGUGGGCGAAUGGCUGGCCACGUGCGUAGGUUCGCCGAUAUGCAUCCUGCUGCUGUCAUGGUCCCUAUUGAUCUACCAGAAUCAAUCCUCGUCCGCGAAACGGAAGAUCGACGUGCUCACAGUCGCGAUUCUCUUUCAAAGUCUCACGCACCAAUUGGGGUUGCUGCUUUACGCGAUUCUCACUCUGAUCCGUCCAGCGAAUCAUUUUGGAGAGCUAUGCUCAACGUUGGUGUGGGUGCUGAACUCGUCGAGUAUCCUCCAGGAACUGACCCUGACGUCGAUCGCGGUGUUCGCGGCGAUCAGCAGCCGCGACGACGUUAUCAAUCUCACGAAGAACCACCUGAAGUACCAUUUGGUGAGCCUAAGCAUCAUCAGCGCCUGCAUCGGCGUCACCGGCGUCCUCAACUUCGAGCCAGAGGUCUGUGUCUUCCUCUCCCACGAGAUCUCCCAUAAAUACGGGGUCUUCGUCAACUCCCUCCGGAGUCUGCUGGCUCUCACGUCUUUCUUCGGCGUGUUGGUCGCGGUCUUCAAAAACCUCUGCCGACCACCGACUUCCGAGCUGCUCAAGUCAAUCUCCGAUCUGUCCGAGGCGAGCUCGAAGAACUCCUCGGGUGCAUUCGAGUGUCACCCGCAACAUUGGGACCCCUCGAGCGGAUCGUGCACCAGCGGCUCGACCAACAGCCGGGCGUGCUUGAGGAAGAAGCGAGUGCAGGUGGACGAGGCCAGCGGCAGAUCGACCGUUUACAGCAUACUCUUUGUCUGCUACAUCUUCGAGCAUUUGCCCAUCCUGAUCAUCUCCAUUAGACCGAGCCUGCUAAAGAACUUCUGCACGCCGCAAAAUCUGGCGACAUGGUUGCCAUUGGUGAAGGACACGCUGCUUCCGGUCUUCCUGGCUCUCUUCGACAAGAUGUUCUGCCGAUACGUGGCCAAGGUCUACACAAAGCAGGAUCACGCGAGGAGACUGUCGCACUGCGGUAUAGACGGCAAAUUUCGACACUUCGAGCAAGACACCGAGUACAAGCUGCAGUUGAACCUGAAUCACGGGCUGAAGUUCCCUCUGACCAACGGAAGCCUCUACGGCCGGUUGCACAGCCAUCAGAACAGAGGGAAAACCGGCACGAUUACCAUGGGAAUUCAGCAACACUAUCCCAAAACGCAAUCCAUGAACGAGGACGGCAGCUACACGUCUCUACCGGCGGAACUGUCGUCCUUCACGAGCUCGACCUUCGAGCCGCGCCAGGACAGGAUCCCGGAGUCGCCGAAGAAGAGCUCGGCGGAGCAGCCGGGAUACGGCAGACGACCGAGACCGAACGAGAGCCUGCACGAUAAUCUGCUCGCCGGUAAUCGCAGGAAGAUCGGCAGCACCGACGUCUUCGGGCAGAACAUGGAGAACCUGGUGCAGCUGGACGAUCCUGCGAGCAAUCGAAAGUUCCAGAUCAAGAAUCUCGACGAGAUCCGCGAGGAACCGUCGAGGCGGCACGCCAGGAGCGUUCUCGGUCUGGAGAAGCUGAUACUCGGGCUGGAGAACAAUCUCCAGGAGCAGCAUUACGCGAGAAACGUUCUGCGCAGGAAUCAAAGCUUCGACCAUGCCAGAUAUCGGCCUAUGCUCGACACGAGGACUUAUAACUUGAAGAAGGACGAGCUUGCGAGAGAGAAUCUUCAAUUAAAUCUUCACAGACGGGACAGUCACUGCGACGGGUACGACAGCUCCGACGAUGAGAGUUGCGAUCUGGAGAACGGCGAUUUCGACACGAUGAGCUCCUGCAGGAGCAGGAGCAGAAGCUGCUGUUCCGUCACCACCGUCGCCAAUGAUGAUUUCGAAUAUUUCCAACGUAAGGGAACCAAGGUGGAGCUGCUGCCCUCGAAGCGAACCAGCGAGGUAAAGGUCAGCAUGCGAUCUUUCACGCCGCGUAUCAUAGAGAACGGCGCGGAGGAUCGCGAGGACAAGAAGUGCGGUAGCAACGCGAAGCUGCCGGCCGACACGAAGCCCAGCAUACAGUCCUACCAUCUGAAGACCAAUCGGAUCGCACCCGGUUACUCGAUGAACGACCUCGACAAGCUGACCGUCAAUAGAAAGCUGCCGAAUCUCUCGAUGGAGAAUCUGAAGAGCAUCCUGAAGAACUCCGACGUGAGUUACCUCGACAACGGCGACAUAUGCAAACACGAGAUCGGCGGCUCGGCGCCGGACUUCAAGAAGAUCUUCGUCUCCGAAUUCAUAUGAAAUUUAUACGACGCUAUGUAAAGUGUUCGUCAAGGCGAGAAGACUACCGUUCGUUCUCUCGCGAUGUCAGCAGAUGUAAAUGACACUCUGUACGGUCGGAUAACAUUAUUCCUCUUGGAACAGAAUCUAUACAGAAAUUUGCUUAUUGGAAAUACUUUCGUUUUUUUGAGAAAGAUCCGUUGAAACGGAAUUUUCAAGGGAGCGUAAAUUAGAGCAUUGAGAUGUAUGACAAUCUUAAUUCAUUAGUAGAGAAAAUGAUUGACGUAAAUUAUCUAUAUUGUUAGCGCACAUUGCGCAUAUUCUCGAGGCAUGAGAAGUCCUGUUGUUUCUGUAUAAUUGCGAAAAUUAUAUUUUUCUACGUAAGUAUCUUUUUAAAUAUAUUACAUUUUCGGACUUGUUAUUAAUUGUGUAAGCUGCGAUCAAUAAAUUGCGGAUACGCGACGUAACGUACAUGCAAUUAUUGCAGACGCUCGCGCAGCAUCGUGCCUAUUUUUGUAAAAAUGAUGUAAAAUACUUCACAAUACGUAACGAAUUUAUCUAAGACGGAGGGGGAGUUGAUUACAUAUAAACGCUAACUUGUAAAUAUUUUGUAUAUUUGUACCACAAUAUUUAAUAUAGCGAUUAUGUACAUGUAUACAAUCAGGCGUGGUUCCACGACCUCUGUAUCAUUUGAUUGUCGUGGAAACGACGAGCAAAUUGUAUAAAUUAAUCGUAAAUAAAUUUUACCUCUGGGUUUAUGUGUAAGGAAAA